UAGCUAAGCUAGUACUCUCUCUCUCUCUCUCUCUCUCUCUCUCUCUCUCUCUCCAUAUAGCUAUAUCCAUCCCUAUCCUCUCCAUGCAAAUGCAACAACCCCACAUACCUAGCAACCUAGCCCCACACACACCAUAGACCAUAGCUAGCUUCUCUCCUCUAUUUAUACCCCCCUUGAGCUCCACUGCUCUCUCACACACAUCACCAGCCACAAGCUACUCCAAGCUUAGCUUCUCCAAGCUCCAAGAAGCUUAGCUUAGCUUAGCAACAAUUUCUCUGUCAUUUCUAUAUAUAUAUAUCGAUCGAUCAUGGUGAGCUCACUGAGGCUAGCCGAGAUCUCCAGGAAGUGGAGCGGGUCAGGGUCGAGCAAGGUGACGUCGCCGACGGCGGCGGCGGCGGCGUGCCCGCGGGGGCACUUCGCGGCGUACACCCGGGACGGCAGCCGGUUCUUCGUCCCCAUCGCCUGCCUCGCCAGCGACACCUUCCGGGAGCUCCUCAGCACGGCGGAGGAGGAGUUCGGCUCCCCCGGCGGCCGCCCCAUCGUGCUCCCUUGCUCCGCCGACCGCCUCCACCAGAUCCUCGCCGCCUUCCGCUCCGCCUCCGGCAAGAACAAGUGCUCGCCGCCGUCCGGCUCCGGCGGCCGCGCCGGCGGCAGGACCAAGAUUUGGUAGUACACAUAUAUAUAGCUCUGAAAGUCUGAACUCUCUCUCUCUCUCUCUCUCUCUCUCUGAUGAUGGAUUGAUGAUCCUUUUGGAGAUGGAGGAGAAUGAAGCUGAUCAUUGAUGAUCUAAUUAAUCUAGGUAUUUGUGUUCGGAUUGGUGAUCCAUGCAUGACUUGAUUCUUGGGAGAAUUGGUGAUGUUUGAUUUGUUGCUAUUGAUCGAUGUUCAUUAAUUUUUUUGUAUGCCCUCCUGGUGAGUUUAACGCGUGCCUGUAUGUGCACGUUACAUGCGUAAUGUUGCAUGUUUUCAGGAGGGCAUGUACUGGCUGCCAUGAUGUAACAUAUCUUCUUAAUUAGCUUUAUAUCCGGCUUUGAAUUUUCUAGAUGUGAGUACGUACUUUGUAAUAUCAUCAGUGUGUAAUUAUGUUUGCAAUGUAUGAUCUCUGUAAUAUGUGUGGCACAUUUCCUUCUUUUGUGUUUAUAAGAUGAGACAGUGCAAAUGGAAAUGAGGCCUUAAUUGA